AUGCCUCAACUUCAAACAAGCUCUGCCACCAUCACUCCACUCCGACUAGAGCUGAAACACACACCAACGACUACGCAAUCGGUGGUCCAGGUCGACGGUACGCUCGGUUUAAAGGAAUCGGAGCUACCACAAGAACAAAAUACAAAGAAUCCAGUCAACAAGACUGUAAACCAAGCAGGAAACACACAAAUGCUACAAACGCAAGCCCGAAAGAAUAAUAAUAAUCCCUUGUAUACAACUUCAAAUUCAGUGUAUGGAGGUAAAAAGGCCUCCGAAAUUCAUAGACCAAGCGAGUAUUUCGGAAGCUCUCAUGCAUUCUCAAGAGAGUUUGUGGGUGGAAUGUAUCGAAACCACAGUUUAAACACAAAUAGAACCAGAAACAUUGCUGUUCCAGACCCUACUUUCGGAUCUAACCAUUUCCACGAACAAUAA